ACUUUAAAUGACUAGCAAUUUCUUUGGCCUGCGCUCAAAGCGGGAAAUUGUGAUGACGUUUGGCUCACCGCCACUGACAGCCUCUCUCGUUUUAUUUAUCGAUUUGUCAUGAACGACUCUCUUUUCGCUCUUCAUCCCGAGGACGUUACAUAACAGUUAGGCGUGUAAGGAAGUCAGCGAAUGCAGUGCGAGGCAACAGCAGCGCCCGUGACAAGGAGAAUGGCCAUAUGCUCCGACAUAAUUUCACGCGGGCUUCUAUUUACAUGCUUUUAGGAUGCACGUCGCCGAUUUCGUCUCCGGCUCGUUGGCAGGGGCCUGUGGCCUGGCUGUGGGAUACCCUCUGGACACCGUGAAGGUCCGGAUCCAAACCCAAAGACAGUUUACGGGAAUAUGGCAAUGUAUCGCCACCACGUUUUCAAGAGAAGGGGUGCACGGCUUCUUCAAAGGCAUGGCGCUGCCGAUGACAACCAUCUCCAUCACCUCGUCGGUGGCGUUCGGGAUCUACCGAAACUGUCUGCAGUGUCUGAAGCAGGCGCGAGGGACCGUCCACGUCCCCAGUACCAAGCCGGAGAUCUUCCUUUCAGGACUGGUUGGCGGAAUGACGCAGGUGUUGUUUGUAGCACCCGGUGACAUGGUCAAAGUGCGCCUCCAGUGUCAGACAGAGUCGAUGCGGCAAGGGAGCAAACCCAAGUACCGCGGACCGGUCCAUUGUCUGCUGAGCAUCCUCAAGGCGGAAGGCCCGCGGGGGCUGUACCGGGGAGCCCUGCCACUGGCGCUGAGGGACGGCCCUGGGUUCGGCAUGUACUUUCUGACCUACAACACCGUUUGCGAAUUGCUGAGCGGGAGCAGAACGGAGAAGCCAGCCUGGGGCGCAGUGAUGUUGGCCGGGGGCUUUGCGGGAACGGUGGCGUGGUCCAUGAGCACGCCGAUGGACGUGAUUAAGGCCCGCCUGCAGGUGGACGGCUCACGGGAGACGCGGCGAUACAGGGGGUUGAUCCACUGCAUCGCGGAGACCGCGCGCACAGAGGGAGCGGGCGUCUUUUUCCGGAGUCUGGGCAUCAACUGCCUACGCGCUUUCCCCGUCAACCUGGUGGUGUUUGUCACCUACGAGCUCUUAACUGGACUUCUGCAGGCUAAACCGGACAGCGCCGACACCCCUCGGGUGGGCUUGGAAUGACAGCAGGCAUCCUGUUGACUUUGGAGGUAACCCCAUUCGUGAAAAGGGACACUUGGAAAUAGCUCCAAACGAAAGUCAAGCGCACAACACAUUCAUUUGAGUUUCUUUAGGGAAAUCGCGCCCUCUUGUGGAGGGCUGUAUAAUCGCUCGCGUUGUUUUUUUUUUGUCAUUGUGGCUCAAGCAGAUUUGACGGUCAAAGUAAUUACCGGUACAUUUUUAAGGUGUCAUCCAUACAAUGUUUAUGGUUAAAUAUAUAUUUUGUGUUUGCAUGCA